CCACGAAAACACACUAAAGUCGUCUGCUAUUUGAGAAUUACAUUUUUUUAUCUCUUUUGCUCCAGUGACUUAUUUGUUUAAUUUUGUUUUGGACAGAAUGUUUAAGGCCGUGUUACAGUCCCCUUAAUUUUUGGGAUGCCAGAUUUUGUUAUGGACAGAAUGUUUAAGGCCGUGUUACAGUCCCCUUAAUUUUUGGGAUACCAGAUUUUGUUCUUGAGUUGAAUUUAAGUCGUUUCCAGUCACUUCCCAUUGCCCUUUAUAAGAUGCCACAUUUCCACAAGUUUCAGCUUUAUUCUUUGUGUUUUCAAUCUUGAUUGAUUGGCCAUUGGUUUCUUCCCACUAUCAUUGGUCUUUAAAAGUUGGGACACCUCUAAGAUUUGAAGUUGAGAUACCAGUUUUCUUCCAUUUUGUAUCUUGUUUGUUUGAUUGUUUUCUUCCCAGACAGUCGCCAUCAUAAUUCAAGUUGUGAGCAGGGUCUAAUGGAGGGUGAGACAAAUGAGACAUCAGUCCAAAAUGGAGGAAUUGCAAUUUGCAAUCAAGGGUAGAGAAAAAAGAAAGCAAGGGUAGGGUGGGUUAAUCAGUUUGGGUACUCUUGGGGCAGUCUUGGAUGGCAUGUCCACCCUAGCAUUAGUGGUAGUGUUGAGUGGAAUAGUUAAAACAUUAGGAGGAGGAGGAGCUUCCCAAGUCUUCAUGGAUCACAUGAAUCAGUGAGCAGGGUCUAAUGGAGGGUGAGAUGAACGAGAUAUCAGUCCAAAAUGGAGCAGUGGAGUUGGAAUUUGCAGUCAAGGGUACAGAAAAAGAAAGCAAGUGUAGAGUGUGGAAGGUUGUGAGAUAUGCAGACAAGGUAGACGUGGUGUUAAUGAUUUUGGGUACUCUCGGAGCACUCUUGGAUGGCAUGUCCACCCCAGCAAUAGUGAUAUUUUUGAGUGGAAUAGUUAACACAUUAGGAGGAGGAAAAGAAACUUCCAAAGUCUUUGUGGACCACAUGAAUCAGUAUACUCUAUACUACGUCUAUACUGGGAUAGCUGUAUGGAUGGCGGCUUUUUUGGAAGGAUUUUGUUGGACAAGGACUGGAGAGAGACAGGCAUUUUGUAUACGCACAAGGUAUCUGAAAGCUGUUCUGAGACAAGACGUUGGAUUCUUUGAUAAUGGAGGGGCUAGCACGUCACAAGUUAUCACCACCAUUUCUAAGGAUACACUCGUGAUUCAAGAUGUUCUCAGCGAAAAGGUUCCAAGCUUCUUGAUGAAUACGUCAUUAUUUGUCUUCAGCUACGCAGUAUCCUUUUACCUAUGUUGGAAAUUGGCCUUGGUGGCCUUCCCUUUCUUGGCUUUACUUAUAAUCCCAGGAUUGAUGUAUGGACGGAUUCUUAUGGGAUUAGCUGGUCAAAUGCACACUGAAUACGACAAGGCAGGCAACAUAGCAGAGCAAGCUCUAUCCUCCAUUAGAACAGUGUAUUCCUUUGUUGGAGAGAAAAGUACAAAAGAAAAUUAUUCAGCUGCUUUGAAUGACUUGGUGAAGCUAGGAAGUAAACAAGGACUGGCCAAAGGUUUGGCCAUUGGCAGCAAUGGAGUUACCUUUGCUAUCUGGGCAUUCCUGUCAUGGUAUGCAAGCAGAUUGGUCAUGUACGAAGGUGAGAGCGGUGGAAGAGUCUUUGCAACUGGUCUUUCAUUUGUCACUGGAGGCCUAGCUCUUGGAACUGCCCUACCCAACUUGAAGUAUGUUAGUGAGGCAUGUGUUGCUGCAAACCGCAUAGAUGAGAUGAUUGAGAGGGUACCUGCAAUAGAUUUUGAUGAUAGCAGAGGGCAAGUGCUGGAAAAAGUCUACGGAGAGCUCGAUUUCAAAGACGUUGUAUUUGCAUACCCAACUAGGCCUCACACCAAAGUUUUAAACAAUUUCUGCCUUAAUAUUCCUGGAGGACAAACUGUGGCUCUGGUUGGAAGUAGCGGCUCUGGGAAGUCUACUGCCAUUGCUUUGCUUGAGAGGUUCUAUGAUCCAGUCGCAGGAGAUAUAAUGGUAGAUGAAAUAAACAUCAAGAACUUCCAGCUGAGGUGGUGGAGAAAUCAGAUUGGACUAGUGAGUCAAGAACCAGCCUUGUUUGCCACAUCAAUUUUAGAGAAUAUGAGAUUCGGUAAUGAAGGAGCCAACAUGGAAGAUAUAGUUGCUGCAACAAUGGCUGCCAAUGCACACAAUUUCAUUACUCAACUGCCAGAUGGAUACAACACUCAGGUGGGCGAGGAAGCAAUUCAAUUGUCUGGAGGUCAGAAACAAAGAAUUGCUAUUGCAAGAGCCAUGCUUAAGAACCCUCCCAUCCUUCUCCUGGAUGAAGCAACAAGUGCAUUAGAUGCAGCGUCUGAGAAGGUUGUGCAGCAAGCUCUUGACCGAGCUUGUAUGGGAAGGACUACUGUAGUUGUGGCUCACAGACUCUCAACAAUCCAAAAUGCUAAUAAAAUUGUAGUGGUUCAGAUGGGACAAGUCAUCGAAUCAGGUCUCCAUGAGGACCUUAUUGAUCAAUCAAAUGGGGUUUACAACAUGCUAUGGAGCAUGCAGCAGCAUGCAACUAUUGAAGAGGACAACUCUGCAGAACUAGAAGAUAGAACUUCCUCUACGAGAACGAGCAAUUUGAGUAGACAGAGCAUCUCCAACCCUGGAUCAGGCCUGUCCACUCACUUGGAGGACAUGAGUAGCGGAGCCAAGAAGGCAAGUGGCAAGCCCUCCUCUUUCUGCAAACUGCUGGCUUUGACUGCGCCUGAGUGGAAGAAGGCCUUAGUGGGCAGUGCAUGUGCUCUUGUAUAUGGUGCAGUGCAGCCAAUCUGCGCAUUUGUGUUGGGCAGCAUGAUCUCUGCAUAUUUUCUUAGAGAUCAUCAAGAGAUGAAAUCGAAGAUCAGGUCAUACGACCUGGUAUUUUUCUCUCUAUUCAUCAUUUCUUUCAUGGUCAAUGCUGUUCAGCACUACAACUUCGCAGCAAUGGGAGAGUUGAUCGCCAAGAGGAUUCGGGAGAGCCUGCUGGCCAAGGUCUUGACAUUUGAGGUUGGAUGGUAUGACCAGGAAGAGAUAUCUCCCGGAGCAAUCUGUUCUAUGCUUGCUAAUGAAGUUAAUGUGGUAAAAUCUCUGGUGGCUGAUAGGAUAUCUCUAAUGAUCCAUACUUCUACAGCAGUUAUCCUGGCAACGGCAUUGGGAAUGGCAGUAGCAUGGCGGCUUGCUAUAGUGAUGAUAGCCGUCCAGCCUCUCACAACUCUGUGCUAUUACACCAGAAAAGUUCUCUUACAGAGCAUGUCUAAAAAGUCUGGAGAUGCCCAAAAAAAGUGCAGUCAAAUAGCAGCAGAAGCAGUGGCCAACCACAGAACAAUCACAGCCUUCUGUUCCAGCGAGAGGGUUCUUUCACUGUUCAGAGCAUCACAGAUACGCACCCGCAAGGAGGCCAUUAAACAAUCAUGGUUAGCAGGCAUUGGAAUUAGCAGUGCUCAGAGCUUGACCUUCUUAACCUGGGGUUUUGACUACUGGUAUGGUGGAAGGCUCGUGCACCAGGGGCUGAUCAGCCCAGGGGAUGUGUUUAAGACCUACUUCAUCCUGGUGAGCACAGGAAGAGUGAUAGCAGAAGCAGGCAGCAUGACUUCAGACCUCGCCAAAGGCUCUGCUGCAUUCAAAUCUGUGUUUGAAAUCCUGGACAGAGUCACCAAAAUCAACCCAGAUGAUCCUCAAGGAACAAAACCACUCACAAUCCAAGGGGACAUAGAAUUCAAAAGCGUAGACUUCGCUUAUCCAGCCCGGCCACGUGAAACAAUAUUGAAAGAUUUUAACUUGAAGGUUAGCGCAGGGAGCAGCAUAGCUUUAGUCGGGCCAAGUGGGUCAGGCAAGUCGACCAUAAUUGCACUGAUAGAGAGGUUCUAUGACCCUCUCAAAGGGACCAUCACAAUCUAUGGAAUGGACAUCAAAAGUUUGAAUUUGAGAUGUUUGAGAAAGCAUAUUGCACUGGUAGGGCAGGAGCCAGUCUUAUUCGCAGGAAGCAUUAGAGAUAACAUCUUGUAUGGAAGCCCCUCUGCAACUGAGGCUGAGAUUGUUCAAGCUGCUACAGCUGCCAAUGCACACCACUUCAUUUCGAAUUUGAAAGAUGGGUAUGAGACCAAGUGUGGAGACAGAGGAAUGCAACUGUCUGGAGGGCAGAAACAGCGCAUAGCAAUAGCAAGGGCCAUAAUAAAGAAUCCACGUAUAUUGUUGCUGGAUGAGGCGACUAGUGCAUUGGAUGGAGAGAGCGAGAAGAUGGUGCAGGCUGCCUUAGACAGAGUUAAGGUGGGCCGAACAACUGUGCUGGUUGCUCAUCGCUUAAAUACCAUUUGGGCCGCCCAAUCUGUGGCUGUUCUCCACAAUGGGGUGAUUGUUGAGCGGGGUACUCCUCCAGACUUGAUGAGCAGGAGAGGAGCUUUCUACGAUCUCCUUCAAAUUCAGCAACAAACAUAAAAUCUAAACAACUGAAAUUUAUCUUGUAGACGAAUGACAAGGAAAAUAUGCAGUACUCUGGCCAUAAUAUAUAGUCCCUCUCACAAGGUCGUGUAAAUAUUAUCGUACCACCCAGUGAGUAUUUAUCUAGUAAAUUUGUAGGAUGUUUUAAGUUUUGUUGUUAAACUGGUAACAUUUAUAAAAAAUAGUAGAAUAUAUUCAUUGAAAA